AAUGUGUUUAGAAACUGAUUGAUGAUAAUGCUUUAAUGAUCCUUCUACUCAGUAAUCAGGUAUGCAAAAUGAAAAAAAUAAUUGCAAACAAUUCUUAAUAUGAAAACUGUGGUUGGCAUAUAACUGAUCAUAAAUCAACAUGUGAGAAUCAUAGCAUUAUCAAGAUGAGAAUUGUUGUAACUAGUGCUGUAACACAAUUCGGUUAUAUUCAUUAAACAUUUCAUUAUCCUUCUCAACUUUACGUUGAUUUUACAUUCUGGCAAGUGUGUAUAUGUCAAUUAGCCAUUAGAUGGUCAAUAGUUCUGAAAUUUUAAAGAACACGUGUUUGUCUCAUUUCCAUGUGUGAAUAAGUGGAAAGAGAACGGUCGUGGCUAGAGAUGAAAAAAUGCCCAAUACUUUCUGUAUUAGAUAACGUUUUUUUUUUGUAAAGUGGAGAUCAUGUAUUAGACAUCGUGAACGUUAGUCGCAUCUUGAUUGAGAGCACGAAAAGUCGAUAACCAUGUGUAUCUACCCUAUAGUCUUAUUUUUACGUGGUCGUAUGGUAUAUUACCAGCAUUAGAGUUGUUCUACAUGCAAAAAAAACUUGUUAGUUUGUUAAGAUAAAAAGUAAGUUUUACAUUUCUGUUUCCAGUUUUUUCAUGGUAAUUUAGAGAGAGAAAAUGCAAAUAAAUAAAUAAAACCAAGUCCGCACUUGGCGGUCUUUCAGUUUUCUGUUACACCCACUUUUUCGUUCACAAUUGUCCCAACAGAAGAAAGAAACAAACAGAUAAACAGAAAAAGAAACAAUCAAAAACAUACAAAAGAACACGAUCUUUCUUGUGUUUCAGAAAUCGAAUGGAGCAGAGAAGAGGCGAUCCAAGAAUAUACAUCGUCACUCUUCUUUUUCUAUCAUGUAUCCUCUCAGGAGGAGUCCUUCUCGGACUUUACCUCCUCCUCCCUGAUCCGAACCCUCUCUUUCUACCAGCGGGUAUGUUCUUCGCUGGUAUCCCUUGGCUCUUCUGGUUCUUGGCUUACCUUUACUCCUGCGUCCUCAAGCCCUGCACCGUCUCCGUAAGCAAAAGCGUCGCCAGUUUCGAUCCGGAGAAAGGCGUGGAGAAGAACAGCAAGAGCAUCACGGAAAACGCCACGUCAGCUUCAGAUCCCGUGGCUGCGGUCGAGCCGAUGGAAGGUGAGAGGCACGUGCAGCUCGGGAAUGUGGUUGUAGAACAAGAACAAGAACAAGAAAAUGGUAGAUUAAGUUCAAGAAGAAGCCACGAUGAUGAGGAUUGCGAUAGAACUCCAUUGAGAUUAUCAGUCGGGAACAAAUGAUUCGAUACUGAAUGAUCAUCAGGAACUGAUGUUAAAAUUGAACUGAGAGGAGAGGCUUUGAAAAAGAUCUCUGUUAUUGAUGUGUUAGACAAGGAACGUUGUUCUUUGAGUAAAAACCAUAAUACCAUGUGAAAGAUCCAUAGGAGAAUUUUAUUUAUUGUAGCUUUACUUUUGUUGUACUUACGAAUUGAUGAAUUAAACAAACAAUCUGUAACCAAAAUCAGAACAUAUAUAUUUUCUCCAAUGUCAGAAACAGAACAGUGCAGUGAUUUAUUUUAUUUAUUUAUUUGUAGUAACGAUGAAGCUUCAUCUUCUUCUUCUUGAUACCACAAGGUGCAAGUAUCAGAUGAAGAAGAAGAAGAAGAAGAAGAAGCAGUGAGGGAACCAAAUUUCCUCUUCAUUUCUCUCCACACACUUCUUCUUCCUCCAUUGAUGAACAACGCAUUCAUGAUUCUCACCCUCACUAAUUAUUAAUGAAUUUAAAUUAGUUUAUAAAAUUAAUGUAACUUAUAUAUACCUAUAAUAUUAGAUAAAAACAUAAAAUACAUGAUGUUAUAAAUUUGCUUACAGAAUCCAAAACAUUAGAUAGGCACUGCUCCAUCCAAAAUGGUAUCAAAUGCAUGCAGUUAUCUGAUAUAUAUAUAGCUUAAGAUUGGAUGCAACCAAAAGAGAUAUCACUUGUUGAGACAAAAGACAUAAACUAUAAUGGCAACAUCUCACAAUAACCGAAGGAAAUAAUAACUCUACCCAGAGCCGGCCCUGAGUAGAAGCGGGCCAAGCCCAUGCUUCCGGCCGCCAAAUAAUAAGAAAACAAUCGGCCGUAUUUUUUCAAAAGUUUCUUUAGCUAAGUUGGUUAAUGCACAGCUAUAAACUAUCAAAGGUGAUGGGUUCGAAUUGUAACCAAUACAACUAUAGCAUUUCUUUUUUUUAUUUAUAACUAAUAGGCCCAAAAAAUUUUUUUUGCUUCUAGCCCACCACUUCCUAGGACCGGCUCUGACUCUACCUAGCUUAAAUCAGCAUGAGACUCUCUACGUAACCCAUGAAACAAUUUGAUACACUAAACCCAUUUGUUAUGAAAAAAGCUCGAACUCGAGGCUCAUGCUUUGAGUCAACUUCAAUCUCCAUCUUCUUAUAACUAGCUCCCUUGGGAUCGUGGUAAAUAACAUAAACCUCACUGCUAGAAUAGCAAGGUGCAAAAAUAAUGCAACCCGUAUGAUUAUUAUUUUUUUGACCAAACUAAACUUGCUUUUCUCAAAAGGACUCUACACUCCAAGGUUGGAGUUUAAUACAGAUACAGCUCCUGAGAUGCGGCCCUGCUGAGUCUCUAUUAAAAAUACUUGAGUAUUAAAAAUACAUACUAUGUUUCAAAAUACUUGAGUAUUUUAAAAAUACUUGAGUAUUAAAAAUACAUACUAUGAACAAUCCGAGUUUACUAUGAGCUGAGAUGAAUUGAGCGAGGUAACCUAUUUCGACAUCCCUAAUUAAAAUACAUAUUUAAAUUUUGAAUACAUGUAAACUUACAUGUUUCAAAAUUAUUUGAUGGAUUGAAGAAACAUUUUUAUAAAAAUAAUAUCAAUGAUAUAUUACUAGAUACAAUUUAUAAAACACGUUCUGAAAAAAUGUAUUAAAGCCCAUUUUUAUACUUUGAGUAAUCUUCUAAAAUAUGGAGAACCAUAAAAAUGGUUGGAAAUCUGUAACUUCCAUUUUCCACCAUUAAAAAUUGUUGGAAAUUCGUAAUGUCCCAUUUGCAGCUCAAAUUCGCAAAAUAUAUUAUUAUUUCUUAUUAAAUUUGAUAGAAAAUGGUUUGUUUUUAGUUUCUUAUAAUAAAAAUGAUAUGUUAAUAAAAAUUCCUCACAAAAUGAAUGUGACUCAAAAUACUUCACGAAACCCUUACAAUCCGCACGAAGCGCGGUAGUAUUUAUUAGAAAAUAACAAUGUCUUGCUAAGGAGAAAGAUAACCUCCCGCUACCGUCCAGCAACAAACGAACCAGUGCCAACAAAAUCAUUCAAAUGUUUAGAAGAAAGUCAACAUCCAAAACUUUAUUUCAAAUCUGUUAAUAAACGAACUAGUGCCAGCUUUAGUGUUCAGAAAAAAGGGAAGUUUCAACGUGAAGUCUUUGUUGUCAUUUGAUCAACGUGGCGCCCAUCCCCAGACAUAUUUACUGUGCAUUGUACAAUGCAAAAAACAACAAAAAUAAAUAGAAAUUUGAAAAGAGGAAAGAGUGAAUGCGACCAGGAGAGAACAAACAUGUUGAGACAAGAGCCAUGAACUGUACUGGGAACAUCCCACAUCAAACAAAGGAAAUAAUAACAACUCUCUCUAGCUUACAGCAGCAUAAGACUCUCUACGUAAUCCACGAAACAAUUUGAUUCAGUAAACCAAUCUCCCUUAACGUCAACUUCAAACUUCAUCAUCUUAAAACUAGCUCCCUUGAGAUCGUGGUGGAUAACAGUAGCCACACUUCUGGAAUGGUGAGGAGCAAAUAUAAUGUCAUCACCCGCUCGAUUAAUAACACUUUUCACACGCAAAUGAAGCUGGGGAAGAUUAUCGAAAGACUUCUCUUUGUAAUCCUGUUUCCCUGCUUCGAAAACGAACAAAUCAAUUGUAGGUGGCUCAUAAGAAGUUUGAAUAGCUGUGGCUACUUUGCCAUGGUAGUUUAUCAAAGUUCUUGAACCGUUCUCCAAAUAACAAAAAGCUUUCAUUUCUUCAGAUACUCUAGCAAAGAUAUCAAACUUCUCAGAGUUCAAAUCAAAUCUCAUCAGACUCACAUAGUUACUGCGCCCGUGUACGCAAUGUAGUACACAGAACCAUCUAUACACAGACCGUUAGACCAGGUACGGUGAGGAAUGUCACAAUCGAUAAAUCUCCAUGAUUUUGGUUUUGCUCCCAAUGUGAAUACCUGAAAGGUUACAAAUUUGAUUUUCUACAAGACCAUAAAUUAUGGAAAAAUAUACCUGAGAAAUGUAACAGAAAAAAUAUCGUCUGUAAAAUCUUGUAUUUUUGUUUAAUUAAUUUAACAUUCAAUUUUUAAAAAAAAAAUCUGAAAGUCAUGCUGUGUUGAGAGUCGAUGCGGGGUGAUGCACAAGACUUUGUACUGAUUAUUGACAGGAUCAUAUCCGAAAAAGCGUGUGGAGAAGGCUGGUCUUUUAUCCCUUGGUAAGGAUAUGGUCUUUCCAGUGCAAGGGUUACAUAUGAUCUCACCCAUGUUCAUCAGACCAUUAACGUAAUAACUACGGUACGAGGCUCGACAACGGAGAGGAAAUGUUAUUUUGGAUAGAAAAGUGGUUGAUAUUGAUGUUGAUGAAGACGAUAGCGAAGAAGAAGAAGAAGAAGAGAAGAAGCUGCAACUUAGGCGUCCCGUUUGGUCACCUUUAUCGUGCAAAGCGAGGAGGAAACGCAAAGGCUGAGACUGAGUCAAUGAUCGAAAGGGAAAUGAUCUGAUGAAAGUAUGGCUGCGGAUGAUUUCUUGCCAUGAGUUGGAUACGACCAUAAACCUAACUAUGGAUUUUGCAGGUAAGCGGUUAAGAAUCUCGAUCUGUAGAUCCAAGGGGACAACAUUUGUUUUCCUCUUGUUGCAAAGACGGAGACUUCUUCUCAUGGUCGGAAACCCUAGUUCUCUCACUACAAUUUUUUUUCUCUUGGUAUUUUUUUAUUAGAACCAGCACGUCGCAUUAAAGUUGUUAAUGGGCUUCCCACUUUCAUUUGAACUUAACAAAAAAGUUAUCAGAAAACCUCACAAAAAGAUAAAAAAAUCUUAAACACAUGGUUAAGCUCAAGGAGGAAGUACUUAUAGAUCCAAAAGGUCAUAAACAAAAGCAUUCAUUGAAACACAAGUAGUCUCUUGAAAUGUAGGCAACUGUUUAUACUCUCUAUUCCAGCUACAUCUCGUAGAAGGUAUGCUAAGAAAGCGUCCAAGAGGCAGAGUACAACGAAAGAAACAACCCUAGGGGAGGGGACCCUUCAGCUAACCAAACGAAACCAGCUAUUCACCGCUCCUCUAGAGACGACGAAGACACUAACGACACUCGGUUACUCGUUUAAAACCGCUGGCGAAACAGAAGAGACCUAGUGGAGAUCCAGAGAAGCAAGUAUAUCAGAGUGGAUAAAAGAGAUAGUGAGGGAAGGAGGUGGAAAGUGAAAUAUAGAGAAAGGGGAUGGUGACAGGCGGAAGAGAGGACCCCAGCCACCAAACAGAGCAAAUAAUUAGUUAGAGAGAGAAAGUCAUGGUCAAUUCACUAGAAUCCCUCGGCAAGAGAAUCCGUGUGGAAUUGGUGCUUUCUUCCUCAUAGUUAGUUAUAUUACACCAAUUUACUCUAUCUAUAAACUAAUGUACGCAGUUUAAGGUUUUUUAUUAUUAAUAUUAUAAAUUUAGUAAAGUUUCUGUUUCGCUUUUAAUUAAGGUUUUUUAUUUUGUAUACUAGGAAUUAUACCCGCGCGAUACCGCGCGGCUGCUCAAUUCAUUAAAAAGUUAUGUUACAUUUUAUAGAUAGAAAAUGCUAUAUGUUUCCUUGAUAUAGUAGUCUAAUUAUAUUUUUAGAUGUUACUCUCUCUAUUUCAUAUUAAGCGUCAUUGUAGAGAGAAAUUUUUUCGUUACUAAAUAAGUGUCGUUUUUGAUUUUUAAUGUAAAAUUUAUUAAUUUUAUGCAGUAAUUUAUUUUUCUUUUAGUUUAAAUAUAGUUAGGUGUAUAGGUAAUUGUGUUUUUAUACAGAGAAUAUACAAAUUAAUUGUUUCCUUAAUCUGUGUGCAGAAGGUCAAAAUAACACUUAAUAUGAAACAGAGAGAGUAUAAUGCGAUAAAAGUGUUAGUCUUACUACAUUACAAAUGUCAAACGCAAAAAAUAUUUAUUUGAUAUUUAUAGUUUAUUUAUGAAAGUUUGAAUUGUCAAAUAGAAAGCCAUUAGAUUAGAAAAAUGAAAUAAAUGAAAAUUUUAUUAUAUUAGUUUACUGCAUUAGUAAGGUAACUUAUAACGAUAAAUAGGACAUUCAUGAUUGGUCUUCAACCAAGAAGCAAGACAUGCAUGAUUGAAAACAUGUUUACAUGGUAACUUUAAUAAAACUUGUUUGUUCACAUAUUACUCUUGGAAUAUUACACAUCUCAUUUUCUUCUAUACAUGCAAUCUUUGUCAAGGAAUUAAAUUUGCAUCCAAAGAAGCUGGUUUUGGUUGCAGAUUUGUUCCUCCCAAUUAUGACUAUAGGUUUCAUUAUAAACUUCUAAUGUUAAUGAUAGUGUAAUGAUCUUUGAAGAAGAAUAUUCUGUAGACUGAAUAGUCUGUGAAGUAAUAUGAAUAAGAUCUUUCAAAAAUGUACUCACUGAGUCACUGCUUCAACUUCAAUUCCCUCAUCGCACAAAGAAUGUCUAAAAUCAUCUUUAUCUAAGGAUUCAUCUUCAUCAAUAAAAUUAAUCACUUUAAAUGAAAAGGACCUUAAUAGUGGUUUUGUUGCGGAUGUGUUGUAUAUCUUGCAGAUUAUAAAAACAAUACCAGCACCAUAACCAAAUAAAGGCUCGUCAAUACUUACACAAUAAGAAGAUGUUAUAGUGUUUGUCAUAUUAGCAUUGUAUUUCUCGAUUUUCAAUGAUAAAAACUGAGUUACUCACUCUGGUUAUUAAUUCUUAUUAUCGAUUAUCCUAUAAAUAUUUAAAUUAAAAUUUUAAACACAAAACUUUUAAGGCUUUAUGCAUAUAGUCUUAGUAUAAACUAAAUUAAUUUAGCACUUGUAACCAAUUUUUUUAUUUAAUUAAUUUUACAUAUUUUAGGCCAUUCAAAAUAAUAUUCAAAUUUAACCAGUCAACACUGAAAGAAUGUAAAUGGGUCAUUAAAUUGUUGAAAAACCUGAAUAAAUUGUAGACUCUUCCGGUGCACAACUUUCUUAAAACAACUGGUAUAGAUAGUAUAGGAACUCAUUAUUUAUAAUUAUCAGGUUAUCUAGAAAGAUGAAGCGAUGGUUCAAUGGUAUCCAUUAUUUUUUGCUAAUCUCAUUUUCUGAAGGUGUAGUCGCACCUUUUCCCUUUAUUUUACUACACCUGUUCACAUUUUGUUAGUUAUUAAUUGUAUACUAAUUAUAAUUUAUAAAUAAAGAGAAAUAACAUAAUUCACGCUGUACCUUUAUUAAAAUAUUAUUAUUUAUGAUAUAAAUAUCAAUAGUUAAAGUGAUGUGAAAAAAAAACAAAAGACACACCCAUUUAGAUUCUUUAAAAAAAAUCUGAAAAUACACAACCUUUUGAUUAUAAAUGAAAAAAAAAAGAUUUUUCACAAUUUUCUUAAUUUUUUUUAACAAAUGAUUUUAACUAAAAAAAAUCAUUUGUCUACUUUGUUAUUAUUAAAUAGGUGCAUAUUUUAACAAAUGAAAAGACACGUUAAAUAGGUGCAUAUUUUAACAAAUGAUUUUAACUAAAAAAACAAUCAUUUGUCUACUUUGAUAUUAUUAAAAACUGAAAGAUUUACCGCUUCUUACUUUUUAUAAAAUUGUAUUUGUUUCAAUUGUAUUUUUGCUUUACCAAGAUCUAUAUCCAUUUUGCUUAACUCGUUCAAAACCUUUUUUGUCCCAGUUUUUUUGAUAGAUUGAUGAAAGGAAUGUUGAUUUUAAUACGAAGUGUCAAAUUGUAUAUAUAGAUGAACGAAACAGUUAUUAAAAAAUUUGGUGAAAAGACAUGAUCCUUAAAAGACAACUAUUCAUUUCAUUCUGACUUCUUAGAUUAAACCGUGGAGUUUCCUAAUAGCAUAAAUAUAUAUAUAUAUAUAUAUAUAUAUAUACCGAAUUAUUUAGACAAGCCAAAUCAAGUAGCAAGUAGUUCAAAAUCGGUAAGUAAUUGCUCCGUGCCCAGCCCUAGACACAGAUGAUCACGUCGCAUCUCUCGCUCUUUUGAUGUUAAGUAAAACAUGCAUUUGGUAUGUAAGCUAGACACGUGUAUCAAUAUAACUAUAAAACUUCCACAUUUGAAAACCAAAGAUACGCCAAUAGUUAAAUAAACAGAAACCCAGAAAUAUAUUUGGAGAAGCCGCUGCUGUGUAGGCCAGCGUUUCUAAAACCAAUAUAGAGAAGAAGAUAAGAAGAAGGAGACUUAUGAAAAGGAAGAGAUUUACAGAGCAUGCAGGAGAGCGACAUGUAACUAUUAUAUAUUAAGGAUGAUGUUGCUUUUUUUAUAUAUUGUUAACCUAAAAAAAUAGAAUCAUCAUUUACUAUAUAAUCUAUAAUAUAAUGAGGGAGUUUCUCUCCUCAUAAGGUGACACGUCAGCACUUUUUAAAGGGGCCAAAUUUAUUUUCGUAUAACACUUACGUCGCCCUGGCUAUAACAACUAAAGUCUACUUGGCCCAGUGGUAUAACAUGCUUAUAGUAAAGCUUGAGUGUACGGGUUCGAAUCCCCCUCGCUUCCUUUUUAAUUUUUUUUUCUAUUACACCUUCAAGGCUCCUUAAGGUGUCCACGUGUGCACUUUGUGGUUCUUUUUAUUUUUUCUUCUUUUUGUCGGGUGAGCUGCGAUCUGUAACCAUAAUGGGCUUCGAAUUUUUUUUAGGGAUUCAUUGUUACCGUGCUUUGUCUCUUCCACUUCUCCUUCUCCGUAAAUCUUUGACUCCAGGGACAGUGGAUGCUUCUCCAACUUUUAGCCUCCCCUAUCAUUCAACGGGUUUCUCUUAAUUUUUUGCAAAAAGCAAUUAUCUCAAAGCGAAAGGCAGAGAGAAAACGUUAAGGGCAGAGCCCGACCCCUUCUUCUUCUUCGUGAAAAAGCUUCUGAAGCCCAGAAAAAGGAAGCAGUUUUAUAUUAAAUCUACUAGAUUUUUCAUCAGGUAAUUGACCCUAAAGCGAGCUUCUUUCACGUCUUCCCUUUUCAUCAUCUCAUUGUUCCAACUCCAUAUCUAUCACCCUCCCCCACUCUCUGUUCAUCUCAAAGGUCAAUUUCUUCUACCUUUAUCUCUCUUUGGGCCGUUCAGAUUUUUCAAUCCUGUUCCGGUGAUUGAAGAAAUGUUCACUAUAUGCUUCUCAGACCGGAAACGCUCUUGAUGCUGCAGAGGGUAUUAGCCGUGAAGCUGAACGCCGAGGCUGUCCUGCGUCUAUCGUCUCCAACGACGAAUUCGACUCGGUAUGUGAGAUGUUGUCGUGAAUCAAUUUGAUUUCUUACUCUGUUCUGAAGAUUGUUUGCUUCAGAUUUUAAUAUCAAGGAAACCGUGACAAUUCCUCUGUUUGAUCAAUUACAACCGAUGAUUGUUGUAAUAAACUCUUAGAUUUGAGCAGUUCUAUUGAUUGAAUUUCGAGUAAACAUAUAAAAGUAUUUUCUUUUAUAACUUAAUUCUUAUUCAAAAAGUUGCCAUAUUCUUUUCUCCAAAGAACGCUAUUAUUUUUGUUGUAUCCACUACAGGGCAAGGAGACUCUCCAGAUUCUUUUAAGGAAUUUUGGAGGUUUCUUCUUCAAAGAAACUUGGGAAACUCUUGGUUGCAACGAGUUCGCUUUGCAGUGUUUGGGCUAGGUGAUUCAGGUUAUCAGAAGUACAAUGUAAGUGCAUCUGCCACAUUGUGUCAUCUGUUUCACGUUCUUCUCAACAUACAUUUUAUUUCUGGUUCUGUUUUGAUGUAUUCAUCAAUAUGAAGGAAAAAAGUAGGCUUUACCGAGUAAUAAGUAUACUAGCUAACUAAAGAUUCCCACAACCAGAAAUCUUGAGAUGUGUCUGAAUUAUUGUUCCCUCCAAGAGAAGAUUUCUCAGAUGGUUCAGAUCGAACGCAGCGGCGCCACAACUGAUGUCAUGAAGAACUACUUCAUUGGUAUGAAAACAAUCUUUGGAACUUUUUUUAAAGUAUUCCAUCUAUUGUCUUACUGAAUUGAUCUUUAAUGUAUGUGUAGGGAGUGUGUUGAGCGGUGGAGGAAGUGUGCCAUCACCAAAGGCCACACCUGAAGCUUGGGUGAACAUGGUCAACGAGAUUCAGAAGGCUGCUCUUUCCACCCGCCUUGGGAUCCCCAUGAUCUAUGGGAUUGAUGUUGUCCACGGUCACAACAACAUGAAUGGCGCCACCAUUUUCCUUCACAAUGUGGGCCUUGGAGUCACAAGGCAAGUCUUUUAACUGUUCUAAUCUUCAUGACUAAAAUUUUGUAAGGCUAUUAACGUGAGACCAGCUUUAAUAUUUUUGUUUCUUUAUUUACUUAUCCUGUAGGUGAGGUGUGUUUAGAUUUAUGAAUCCAUUGUUUUUUUUUUUGUCUCAUUAUGUUUUGUUGGAUUUUGUUUUCAUCAGGAGGCUUCAAAUGUCUCUGCAGUUGCGCAAAAGAGAUGGAAUCUGAAUGAUUUCGACAUUGGAAAGCCUCUUUGAAAAGGCAAGUUUGGUCACGCUUAUCUUGCUCGAGAGAAGCGGGUUAGUAUCCAUUCACACAUAACAUUUGUUUUAGAUCUUUACAUUGUUUGUUUUCCUCAAAUUCUCACACAUUGUAUGCAACUGUGAAAGAGAGCAACCACAUUGUCUCCCUGAAGGUUCUGUUCAAGACUCAGCUUCAACAAUCUCAAGUUGAGCAUCAGUUAAGAAGAGAAGUUGAGAUUCAGUCACAUCUUCGUAACCCCAAUAUACUCCGGCUCUAUGGUAACUUCUAUGAUCCGGUAAAACUUAACCGCUUCUUUGCUCUUUUUGUUGACAUGAUCCACCUUUUUUUAGUAUAACACACUUUGUUGGCUUUUGUUGCAGAAAAGGGUUUAUUUGAUACUUGAGUAUGCUGCUAGAGGCGAGCUUUACAAGGAGCUUCAGAAAUGCAAGUACUUCAGCGAAAGACGAGCUGCAACUGUUGGUGCAUUCCUUUUCCUUCUGCUGUUAUAUGUUUUAAUCAAUUCUUUUGUUACUUAAAAAAAAACUGAGAUCUUUAUAUGUUUACUUUGAUAGUAUGUUGCAUCGUUGGCGAGGGCUCUCAUCUAUUGCCAUGGCAAGCAUGUGAUACACAGAGAUAUCAAACCAGAAAAUCUGUUAAUCGGUAGUAAGAUCAUCAAGUAGUGAAAAGACACCAAGAGAGAUUUGAGAAUUGAUUAUCUUAUGAAUUAAAAUAGUGUUCACGGCCCCGCGCUUGCGCGGGGGCUCUGCCCCUAGUAUCUUUAAAAGGUCGGCCAGGGUUUAAAAUCAUCCCGUGCUUUUUUGUAGAAUAUGUUUCACGAAUACAAAACGAUGACAUCCAUUACAAAUUCAGAAAAGAAGACUUAUGAAAAGGAUGAGUUUACAGACCAUGCAGGAGAGGCUCAUGUAAUUAUAAUCUUGGGUUUUUUCUCGCUUCGCUCAUUAAACUAUCAAGAUACGUAAAACUUUUCCCGCUAAUUUUUGUUGAUAACGUUUCAUUUAAAUAUCUUCUAAAAUUUAUAAUAAAAUAACUGCAUAAAAUUUUUUUUUCACCAUUUUAUAUUAGUGAGAUUAGUGAAAAUUUUAUUUUGAUAAAUACAUAGACAUCGACUAUUUAUAGAUUUUGAAAAUCUAUUUGAAUAGUCACAUCCUUUCAAUUUAAAAGUAGUUAUUGUGAAAAGAUACUAGAUGAAUUGUUACAAUUUUUCAAUUUUAAAUAAAUACUUAUAUGUCUAUGACAACUUAUUAUAUACAACAGGAAAACAUGACACAACAUAACCCAUUACAAUAACUAAUACACAUCACUUGAUAUAAAGAAUUGUACAAAGACGUUUUUGAAUAUUUAGCAUCAUAAAAAUACUAACCUUUUGUAGAGACGUGUCCAUUCACCAUUACACUAUUAUUUAUCGAUCAUCACCGACUCUCUUCAAUCUAUAAAGCCAUCAGUUUGUUUACCAAUCUACUCUAAACUUAACUAACUCGGGAAUACCUCUUGAGCAUAAAUCAAAUUUUCAAAGAAAUUUAUAAAAUGGAUUUCAAUUCAUGUAAAGUUUUUAAAUAGUUAUAAAUUAAAAAGAAAUAUAAUUUAAAAAAUAAGAAAACUGUGAGCAAAAUUAUAAUUAAAAGAAAAAUCUAUAAAAUUCAAAAUAUAUUGUAACUAACUAAUUGCAUAGUACUUUUUUCUUCACCAUUUUAUUUGAUUAGUAAAAAUUAUGUUUUGAGAGUCACAUAGUUUCAAUUUAAAGGUUAUUUUUAUUGAAAUAAUACUUAUAUAUGAAAAGUCACAACUUUUCAAUAUAAAGGGUCACAUUUUUUCAAUAUAUACAGUUAUUUUAAAAUUUUGAAAAAAUACAACUUUAAAAUAAAAAGACACAACUUUUAAUUGUUGAAAACACAUAACUUUUCAACUUAAAUGAAGUUCACAACCUUUGGAAUUAAUUGGGAUUGCUAUUAUUAGUAGAUAUGUUCACAAGUCUCCAAACAUGCUCAGUCUUUUUUUUUUUUUUAAACAUGCUCAGUCUUCAACGAACUUAUUGUAUAAUGUGAUGUCGAAAUAUGCUUUAGUGGCCUGGACAAGCCAUUGGAGACCAUGCUUUUUACUCUCUUGUGCAUUGUGCAAGGCAAAAGUUAUAAGCAACAACAUAUCGAGUUUAACUGAAUAUAUAUAUAUAUAUAGGAAAGAUUUGUAUGCAUACAAAAGAGAAUAACAUGUUUAGACAAGAGACAUGAACUGUAAUUGCAACAUCCGAUAGCAAACGAAGGAAAUAAUAACAACUCUCUCAAACUUAAUUACAGCAGCAUAAGACUCUCUACGUAACCCAUGAAAUAAUUUGACCUAAAUUCCCUUUCACUCUUUGCGUCAACAUCAAACCUCAUCUUCUCAAAACUAGCUCCCUUGAGAUCGUGGUGGAUAACAUUAACCUCAAUUCUGGAAUGGAGAGGUGCAAAAACAAUGUCACCCAUAUGAUUAAUAACACCUUUUAUAGGUAAAUGAAGCUGGGGAAUAUUAUCAAAAGACUUCGCUUUGUAAUCCUGUUUUCCUGCUUGGAAAACGAACAAAUCAACCGAAGGCGCUGAGUAAGAAGGUCGAAUGGCCAUGGCUACUUUGCCAUGGUAAUUUAUCAAUGUUUUUGAACCUUCGUCAAGAAAAAACAAAGUAUCCAUUUUCUUAGAUAGUCUAGCAAAUACAUCAAACUUCUCAGAGUUCAAAUCGAAUCUCAUCAGACACAUUCCUUUGUCCAGGCUGGCAAUGUAGUACAAAGAGCCAUCAAUGCACAGACCGUCAGACCAAGUUAUGUGAGGAAUGUCACAAUCGAUAAAUCUCCAUGUUUUAGGCUUAGCUCCCAAUGUGAAUACCUGAACGUAAUUCGUUUUUGUGUCUCCUUCAGUAUACGGGGUGAGACACAAUACUUUGUACUGGUUAUUGACAGGAUCAUAUCCGAAAAAGCGCUCGGCUGUGCCUGUUCUUCCGCAGACAAUAUUCUCUGGUAAAUAUACGGUCUUUCCGGUGCAAGGGUUACAUAUGAUCUCUCCUAUGUUCAGCAAACCAUUAACGUAAUAAGUAGGGUAAUAGGUUUUAUGGAGAGGCAAAGUUACUCUGGAUAGAAAAGUGGUUGGUAUCGAUGAUGAUGACGACGAAGAAGAGAAGAAGCUGUAACUUAGGUGAUCAGUUUCGUAAUCUGUAUCGUAUAAAGCGAGGAGGAAACGCAAAGGAUGAGUCAAGGAUCGGGAUCUGAUGAAACUCUUGCUGCUGAUGAUUUCUUGCCAUGAUUUAGAUACGGUCAUAAACCUAGCUAGGGAUUUUGAAGGCAGGAGGCUAAGAAUCUUGAUCUGCAGAUCCAAAGGAACAACGUUGUCGCAAAGAUGGAGACUCAUGGUCUGGAAACCCUAGUUCUCUCUCUCUACAUCUUCUUUCCUCUUUGAUAUUGUUUUAAUAGAGACGCAGCAGGGCCGCAUCAUCGUUAAAUGGGCUUCCCACUUCCAUUCGGUUUGGUUUGGAUAACUCGGUUUCUGGUUUAAAAUCAAAUAAAAGGUACGCUAUUUUUUUUUUAUAAAUUAUAGUUUUAAGAUUUUUCAUACUUUUUAAAUUUUGUACAUUUUCUAUUUCAAUCUUAAUUGAUUUUUUUCCUUCAUAUAUAUAAAAUUUUGUACAUUUUCUAUUCACUCUUAACUAAGUUUUUUUUUCUUCAUAUAUUGAAAAAUCUGUACAUCUUCUAUUUCAAUCUUAAUUAAGUUUUAUCACAUAUUUAAAAAAUUGUACAUAUUAUAUUUCACUCUUAACUAAUUUUUUCAUAUAUUUAAAUUUUUUAAACUUUCUAUUUCGCUCUUAGUUAAGUUUUUCAUAUAUUUAAAAUUUUGUGCAUUUCCUAUUUCACUCUUAAUUAAGUUUUUUUCAUAUAUUUAAAAAUUACAUUUUAUAUUUUACUCCUAAUUAAGUUUUUUCAUAUAUUUAAAAAGUUGUACAUUUUCUAUUUCACUUUUAAUUAAGUUUUUUUCAUAUAUUUUGUAUACUAAGGUUCAACAAUAAAGAUCUUACUGGAUCUCAGAUAAAAUAUACACACAAACUGAGACGUGCAACCGUUGCAGUUUGAUUACUUUGAUUUGAGAUUAGUAUUUUUCAUGAUUUGAGAUUAGUAUUCGUCAACACUGUUUCUCCUAUGGCUAACCGGAAGCCUUGUUCCGGUAUUCCCUAAAAAAAAGUAAUUGGUUCUUCAUCCAAGUUGAAGUUCAUUGUUGAAACUAAUGCAUUUUGUGAGCUGAGGUGCCUUUUGGUCUUUGUGAAUUUGGAUUCCUUUAAUUAUCCUCCCAAACCAUUGAGAUGGCAAGUUUUGUAAAGUUUGAAUUCAGGUAAAAUAUGCAGUGUUAUAUUGGAUCAUGGUUGUGAAGCCUGUGUUCUUCUUUUUCUACAUCAAAAGCUAUAAUGUCUUAUUAAGAUGAUUUUAAGAGGAUGGUCUAACCAUCCAACUUAGAACCUUAGAGUCUACUACAUGAGAGAAAAGCGACGAUUUAUCGUUACACUGCAAAAUAUAGUUUUUUUUCUGAUAUCUAUAUCACAUCCAUCCGCCCUAUAAAUUAAUGUAGUCUAAGGUUUUUAAUAAUAUUAAAAAUUAGUAAAGUUUCUAUUUCACAUACACUAAGGUUUUCUUACGUUAUAUAUAUAUAUAUAUAUACUAGGUGAUUUUCCCGUGCUCAUGGACGGACAACAUAUUUAUAAAGUAAAUACAUUAUAAUAAUUGAUUGAUAUUUACUUUUAGUUUUAAAUUAAUUUAUAAUUUAUAUUAAUAAUAUUAUAUUACUUUAAUUGUACAUAUGCUUUUAGAUAUUUAUAUUGAAUCGGUUUCGUUGUUUUUACAGUCGAUUUAGUUAUCAUUUGGACAUAUUGGAUUCAAUCUAUUUCUUUGAAUUCAACUAUGAUAUUUUUAUUUUAAAUAUAUUAAUUUUUUUAUUACUUUUCUUAUUUACAUUUAUGUUGGCUAUUGUCUUAGAUAUGUAAGUAUAUUUUGGUAAAAUUAUAUAUAACUUAAGAUAUAUUGUGCUUAGAAUGAAAU